AUGGACGCAAGGGCCUCGUGACGCCCCUACCCUUCCCCCGGGCGUGCAGUGUACAUGGUGUGGGCGGCGGCGAGUCUGCGGUGUAUCCCCAAGGACCCAGCUCCGCCUCAGUGCACGGCCGGACUCGCUUGCUGUAGGACCGAAAGACCAGGCAGGCUGUCCGUGCCACGACCCCGCGUUCCACCUUCGUCCUUGGGUUCGCACGUGUCCCCGCGUCGUCGGAUUGAGCUCCGACGGACGUACCUCCUCGAACCAUAUCAUUUCUCGGGACGAAGUAGUCGAAAAUCUCAUUUCGUGAUGAUGACAGGUGUGCGAAGAGAGAGGAGGGAGAAUGGGCGAGAGAGAAGCACGUGUGAGUGAGAGAAUCGCGGGGAUCUCGCCUCCACCCUCAGUCAUCGCCACUUUUACUACGCGCAGAAUGAGGUCAUCGUCAGCCGCGGCCGACAGCUGAGUCCUUGCCAGAUUCUCUAAUGCCUUCCCACACGAUGCAAAUAAGCCUAAACCUGAGCCCAUGACCGCCCCAGAAUGCAGGCGGGCCGGCGGCGGCGGGCGAGCGAAGGCGCGUGGGCGUCGGAGGGCCGCGCGGGCGUGAGACAUGGCCUGGCGGUCACCUGCGAGCCUGUCGCGGUGGGCGGCGAGGGCGGUGGUCGCGGGCGUCGUCAGGGAAACGGAGCAGCGUCUGCGUGGCUGCCUCGCCCUCGUGCCGGCGGAGCUCCUGAUAGCGAGGGCGACCGCGGGGCUCCUGCUCAGGAACAGGGAGGCGGGAGACAGCGACGACGAGGAGGACGACAGCCUGACGGAGACGGAGGAGGAGGGGGACGAGGAGGAAGGCGUGGGCGUGGGCGGGAGGACAGCGAAGGGCGACGUGAUGGACCAUGCCCUUCGCCUCGCUAAGGAGCACGUGCGGCGCGUGGAGCGAUGGUGGCGCAAGCUCCCCGGGCAGCGCGCGGCGCCGGGCCACACCCUCCGGGAGGCGCUCGAUGCGACGACGGAGGUGAACCCGAAGUACGACCAGGACUUCCCGACGCAUCUGACGCGCCUCUUGCUGAAGCUGGUGCUGCUGGACGCCGUGUUCGUCGACCGGGACUACGGGGACAAGGACCGGCGGUGCGUGGUGCCCUUCGCGUGGGAGCGGUGGUUUGCCCGCCUCGUGGCACGGCUCGGCCCUUUCACGCACCUUCAGGAACUCCGGGUCUAUGGGGGGAUGUACCCGAGUAUCCUGGCGGCCAUCCUGAAGGGCGCGCCGUUCCUCACCUCGCUCCUCAUCUCGCACAUCAACAUCACCGACGAGAUCCUGCUGGUGGCCGGCCGCUUCUGCCCGCGCCUCGAGAAGCUCUACCUCCUGCACAACUACCCGUGGCAGGUUAUUUCCCUGAAGGCCUUCUGCGCCGCCUUUUUCGACGGUGCCUCCAAGAGGGACUUGGUGAGAGUGAUGAGAGCGGGCUGUGAGGGGAACAUAAACAGAACUUUUGAUUCGCUCAGAGAGGUCGACCUCGCAUACGGUGAGAUAGAAGUGGCGAAGGAGUUCCACAAAUUUCUUCUGUCUUUCUACCCUGACCUGACUAGCAUUAGCUGCGAGUGGAGGACGAACAUGUUCGAGGACGGCUACUCCAGCCACGCCUACGACGUUCUAUUCCCCAUUAUCUCGAAGGGGCAACAGGUCUCCCUGAAGCGCGUGUUUCUAGACGGGGUGACGCUCUACAGCACGGGGCGCGCGCGCCUGCAGCAGUUGGCGUGGAGCUCCCCGGCCGUCACGUCGCUGGCGCUCGACUGCAGCACGAGAGGCAGCCCGAGGGUCUACGAGACCGCGGGAAGGCAGCUGACGGAGCUGCUGUCGGAGUGGACGCACUUCUCGGAGCUGCAUGCGAACGUCAGUUGUGAGGAUCACGUCACGCACGCCAUGUUGGCCCCUGCCUUGCAGAUUCACGGCGGGAGGCUGACGUCCCUCACCCUCGAGGCCUCCAGCCCUGGCCAGCGGCUCCACGUGGCCACCGUGUGCCUUCUCGUGCAGCUCUGCCCCGCGCUGGCGUCGCUCAGGCUGCGGGUGUGGAGCCGGAGCAUGCUGGAGGCGCCGGCCACGCAGACUUCGCCGCCGCUGCCCCUGCACUGCGUCCACCUGGAGGAAUUCUGUCUGCACGAAGACGGCCCCGGCGACCAGGAUGACCCAGUGGCCGAGGAGGGACACCUGGCUCGCUGGGCAGGGCUCAUGGAGACAGUAAUGACGGCAUCCCCUCUACUGUCAACACUCAGCAUCAGCAUCUGCCGCGGCGUGGCUCCGCUGAUGGACAAGUUACAGAGUGAUAUUCAUGUCCUCCACCUGCACGUGACCGAUGGCUACGAGUGGGAGCCAUCAGUGGAGCAGAUCUGCCAGCUGGUGAGCCGCCUGCCGCGCUUGCAUCACCUGUUCUUGGAAGAGGUGUCUGGCCGUGUGUUCUGGCGAGUGCGACGUCGGUACCAGUACACGGGGCUUCGUGUGUACUGGGGUAAUCUGUACGGCUGGCCGAGGACUUGACCCACGUCCUGGUGGCUGAUGGCGGGUGCGCAGAGAACGGCUGGCCGGAUAGUGAGAUGCGUUAGUGCUGAAAACCUCACUGUAUGGAGGUCGUGGUUGCGUUUGCAAAGUGCUUUCGGAGGCGGAGAUAGUACAGUAGUGCAUAUUGCUCAACAUUUAAGCUAGUUAACAAAAGACAGCAUUGAAAAUAUAGACAUAUAACAUUUGAUCUGCUUCAGAAUCAAACAAACAAACAAAAAGUGGAAUGUCGUAACAAAAUAUGAGUUCAUAUAUGAAGUCCAGUGCUAGACUGAUGUUAUUUAAAAAUUUAAUAUAUAAGUUUGAUUGCCCAAAGAUUGCAAAUAUUGUUGUAUAUUCUCCUUUACAAGAGAAAACUGAGAAUCAUGAACGAAACUGUAGCAAAUAAAAUUUUAUACAUUUCUA